CCCGCCUUCGACGCCAUCUUGCUGCCGGCAGGGGGAGCGGAGCAUCGCGCCGGCCCGGCCCCGCCAUGCCGCACUACCAGGCCUGGGAGGAGUUCACGCGUGCUGCCGAGAAGCUCUACCUUGCCGACCCCAUGAAGGUGCGGGUUGUUCUCAAAUACCGCCAUUGUGAUGGGAACCUCUGCAUCAAAGUAACGGACGACGUAGCUUGUUUGCUGUACAGGACAGACCAAGCACAAGAUGUCAAGAAGAUCGAGAAAUUCCACAGUCAGUUGAUGCGACUGAUGGUAGCUAAGGAGUCCCGCAGCGCUGCCAUGGAAACAGACUGAACUGCUGAAAAUCAAUCGAGUGCUCCAGUCCUAUUUCACUGGAAGAAAAUAUCUGUUGGAUUAGAAGGAAUGCUGGGACAGGAGAUGCUUCUAUGGACUGCAGCGGACUGGUGACAAGUCUGAAGCAUUUUUUCCCUCCCCAGGUGGCUUUGGAAAACUAGGAAAAUAAAUGCUUUCAAUUGAAAGCUUCUAUUUAUUUUUGGGAAUGGAACAAGAAACUAUUCUUACACAUUAGGUAUGCUAAGAAGAAGACAAGUAAAAUACUUUACAGUCUGAUGGGCCACAAGCAUAUUUCUGGAAAGUUACUGUAAAAUUUCAUCUAGAUUUCAUUGUGUUCAUAUUUUAUGCUGGUGUAUUCUCACAGUGAGAAGGGUUAUUGACCUCACAUACUGUAAUGUGAUGACUGGAUCUGUUAACUAUUUGCAUUAAUGAUGUACAUCAGUGGGGUUUAGAAGAACAGGAUGUGUGCUGAACUGAAAUGUUAAAGUUGCCAAUAUGUAUUAGUACUGUCACUAGUAGGAUUUUGACUAUUAGUAUUGGUUAUACGCUGAGCAACAGUAUCUGUGAUGCAGUUUGUAGAACUGUUAUAUUGGUUAAAUAAUUAAACUUCUGUAUUUUAAAUGUUAAUGUCAGCCUUCAUUUGAACAUUACUAGACAUCAGUGAGGAACUGGGAGUUUCUUUUCUGCUUAUGCAAAUAUUGUUACUAAAAAGCAGUCAGUGGCUUUUUUCCAUACUUGAAUUACUUUGUACUAGCAAGGGGACCUUUUCCUAUCCUUGCUGCAGACAGGGCUGACAGGUGCUAGGCCAUUUCAUUUGAACAAUAUUAUUACCUAGAAAGGCUGGACCAGAUUAUCCCUGAAGUUCCUUGCAACCUAGCAUUCAGUGAUUGCAUAUCAGGAAGACAAAUUCUAGAAGCUGUGGUAUAUUAUCUCAAUAGAAAGAAUGUAACCAAACACUAUCCAGAGUCCUUAUUUUUGAAGCUUGCUAACUAUGCUUUUUUCAGAUGUUACAUGUGGCAGAUGAACGUCACCCAGAUGAAUAAAUGAAUGAAAAACAACUUAAUAAAUACUUAAAUACUACUGUCAAAAAUAGACCAAUGCUCCUGUGGCUUGGACUUGUUUCUCAUUGCUACCUCUGGUAGAGUGAUGGAAGCCUUGGUUGUCUUUCACAAAGGCUUUUUGCUUGAAAACGCAGUAGCUGAAAUGGAGACUUGCUUUGACUAGCUCUUGCAUACUUAAAACCAGAUGACUAUUUUUAUUUAUGCUAUUGGUAUAAGUAGGCUUUUCCAGGACUAAUGUUUUGGGUUAAACCAAGGCCUGAAAACAAAGCAGAGCCAUACUUCAAUGGCUGCCUGCUGUCGCUGACAUAAAAGUAAUUCAGCUACUCAGAAGCAGUGGAGCUCCCACACUUGCCAAGGGCUCAGGGAUGAAAAUCCCUCAGGCUUUAAUACUGCAUCAAGAGUGCCCUUACAGCUGAACAAUGAAUGUUGCAUAUGGUUGGAAAAUACUGCAGUGCUAAAUUCCCAGUGACUUCACAUUCUAGUCUUACAGGAGUGACUGGUGGGUACGUACCUUCUGGUUUUGUAUCAGCUUUUGAAAGACAAAUUCAGACAGAAGGUGAAACUUUGUUCAUAGUUUUAAUAAGCAUGUCCAGAGAAAGACAAAGUUGUGAAGGAUCUGGAGAAGAGGUCUUGUGAGGAAUGGCUGAUGGAUAGUUUAGCCUGGAGAAAAGAAGGCUGAGGGCACAACUCGCUGCUCUCUACAACUUUGGGAAGGAGGUUGGAGGGAGAUGGAGAUCAGUCUCUUCUCCCUAGUAUCAGGUAAUAGGAGGAGAGAAAAUGGCCUGAAAUUGUGCCAGAGUAGGUUUAAGUUGGAGAUCAGAAAAAGUUUAUUUCCUGCAAGAAUGGCCAGGCAUUGGAACAGGCUGCUCAGGGAGGUGUUAAACAGCCCUG